AUGGAGAAGCAUUGCGGACUCUGUUGGCUCUUCGCGACUCAGGGAUUAACCUCCCCUGUAGACAUAUGGAAUGCAGUUUUGAAAUAUCUGUUACAGCUUGAAUUCAUUACAGCAACUCCUUCUAUUACUGCAACUGUUGUGCAACGUGAUCAAAUCACUGCAUUUCUUCAAUCCCUUAAAGAGUUAGUGUAUCCUUUCUGCAGAAGUGCAACAGAUUGUGCAAUUAUUCUGGAUGCUAUUAGGGGAAAAGAUCCAGAUGAUCUUUCAUCAAAAGACAUUUCCCUUGAUGAUCCAUUCUCGAUUGACAUUACAAAACUUAGUGUUGGUUAUCUUGAUGAUGCUGAUAUGGAGGUUGUACAUGUUCUUGCAUCAAAAGGUGUUAAGAUGGUCCCUUUCGAGCUGAAGUAUGCGGUUGACUCUGUUCAAGGCAUUGUGAACUUUACUAUGGACGUUGAUAUGUUGGCUCAUUUUGAUGAGUGGCAGCGGUUGGGACAGGAUGAUGAUUAUGAAAGCCAAGAUCAAUGGCCUACUGAACUGCGACGUGCCCGUGUAUUCCCAGCAGUAGACUAUGUGCAGGCACAGCGAUCUCGAGGAAAGUUGAUUCAAGAGGUUAGAGAGAGUUUUACUGUCGAUGCAUUGAUUGGCAGUGCAACUGAUUGGGAAAGAGUUUGCAUGGGAAAUCUUGUUGGCUUGCCUGUGAUUGUUGUACCAACAGCAUUUACCAACAUAUCUAAUCCACCUUCUACUGACUGUCUACGAAGAACUGCUGUCACCACUGGCAUUUAUGCUCCUCCUUACCAAGACAGCAUUGUUCUUGCAUUGGCAAUGGCUUACCAAUCAGUCACUGAUCACCAUAGGCAGCGACCACCUGUUGAUGAUCUUGGUCUGAAUGAUUCCAUCCCGAACCCGCCCACAGUUACCUACCCUCCAAGGCUGUUGCAUCUUUAAAGAAAUGUAUCUGCAUGCUCAGCACUUCUUACAACAGCUCCACCAUUGUUUUAACGAGUAAUCAGUCAUAUGAAUGUAUUAGUACCACCAUUAAAGAGAUGUGUGUUGCAGCAUAGGACAAUUCAUAAUGCUUUAUUAGCUUAUUGUUGAAACUGAUUUUGGUAGCUGAUAGUGCAGAAU